GGAACAUCAUUGAUUGGCUACCUUCUGCACUGUUUCUACUGGGGAUUGAGCCUGCAACCAAGGGCAGAUUUCCUUUGAUGAUUUUCAAGAAAGCCGUGUUACACAGUGGCAAAAGGCUCUAGGAAGCAGGAUGCCGCAAGUGCCUCUGGGAAAAGUGAUCCUUUAUACCAGUGUGAUGACUAGUGGGGGCUGUGCCCUUGUGUAUUACCUUACACAAAAAGCUUUUUCCAGGGCUUCCUAUUACCAGUUGGCAUUGGAGCAGCUGCAUAGCCACCCUGAGGCCCUGGAAGCUCUGGGCACUCCUCUCAACACUCACUAUCUCCAGCUCAUGGACAAGUACAACUUUGUGGACAUUGCUGAUGCCAAGUUGAAGAUUCCUGUCUCUGGAUCCAAGUCGGCAGGCCAUCUCUAUGUCAUCUCCUCCAGGGAGGCCCCCUUUAAAAGGUGGCACCUUCAGGAGGUCUUCUUAGAGCUCAAGGAUGGUCAGCAGAUUCCCGUGUUCAAGCUCAGACAGGAGAAUGGUGAUGAAGUAAAAGUGGAGUAAAGGUGAUCAAAAAGACCCAGCUUCCUCCAAGCACGGCCUUCCCUCAUCAACAUGUCCCCUCUAUGCCCUCGAGCCAGUUUUCCAGCCACCAGAGUGAUGAUUAUAUGUGCUGGCCUAUGGUAAUUUUAAUUCUGAUUCGACCACAAUAAACACUAUUGAGUUUUUAUUUAAUCAGACAGAAA